AUGCCUCUACCCAGCAGCCACGACCCAAAUGAUGGCAACGAUAUGAUCUGCUUCGUGGCCGAAAUCGCAGCGAGGCGGCUCCUUAAUCGCAUUCACAGUUCCUUGUACGCAAAGGGCGGCUACGACUCGGCGCAAGAAAGUCUGGCCAUACCUGACAACGACAGUGCCGCCGGCGGACGAACAACACCUGGAAGCAAAAGGAAGCGAGACGAGGUAGACAUCAACGCAUCCAUGGCAGCUUCCAGGACGAUCGUUGGAUUCGGCCUUGGUCUCGAUCCCAGCAGUACCCAAAACACGGACAUUGUGAAAAUGCUUCCCAUCAGCGCCGAGCUUAACCGUCAGCUCGAAGCCUGGUACCAAGCCAUGCCAGAGCACAUUCGUCCUCCCCUAGAUGAUGACAACAAUGGUAGAAGGAGCAAUAGCGGCACCGCUGGAGGCGAUCUCUCCUUUACGGACGACUUGAACGAAGGUGUUUCGCCAUGGCCACACAGUCGACAGAGGCAUACGUCAAAACCAGUAUACGAGCGCAGCCAGAUACUGCGCAUACACUACUUUGCUGCCCGACACAUCAUCCACCGGCCCUUUGUUCUAGCGGCGGCGUGGCAGCAGCAGCAACAAAUACUGGCCAGUGAACGCCUCAGCGGCGGCAACAGAGAAGGUGCGGAUGCAGGCGGCCGUAGCGUCGCCAAUGAGGCAAGCAACAGCACGCCGCCUCCUUUGCCAUCCGUGUUGGCUCCAAUCCCACCUCUGCCAACGGCCAUUCUCGAAAAAUGUGCCAUCUGUGUCGACUCCUGUGCCGCCUACUUGGUUUAUGUGCUGCCUCUCCUGGAACGCCGUUCGCCGUACCUGUGGUCCUUUUGCCAAAGCAGCAUGGCCUGCCUGCUGGUCCUUUUGGUGGCAGACGCCUGCCCAAGUAUUGCCGCCAGCCGGCCCCUUUCGAGCCAGCUGAGGGCACAGACCAUGGACAUUGGUUAUCUACGCGAUCAAAUUGCCAGCCGGUUGCGGCGCUGGUCAAUACCCGGUUCCAGCUUCGAGGCCGAGUUGCGCAUCGUUGAGAGCUUGCCGGUUGGACCAAGUCAAGUUCCUGGUAGCUCCUGA